AUGUCAUCUUUCACAGACACCACUCAGGACUACGCAACCGAGUUGCAGCGCUCUGACGGCAAUGGCGUUAUUGGGCUAAACUCUGAUAUUCUCGGAGGCAUGCCCGUUAAGGACUCGUCCAACGCCGCCCUGACUGGUCCUCUGGUCUGGUCCGGAGCCGACUAUCAGGGGGACCAGGCCUACACUCUUCGUCUGAGCGAGGAGGAAGCCGCCGAAAUCGACAGCGCCCUCGCUAGUUUCAAAAACCAUGGACUCGACGGCGACGAAGUCUCCCCAGACAACUUCCCCCUCCCAAACUUGUCUCGGCGUCUGCGUGCCAGUGCUGAGACUAUUCAUCUCGGACGAGGCUUUGUUGUCAUCCGCGGCAUCGAUGGCUCCAAGUACUCUGAUGAGGAUAGUGUUACUAUCUUCCUCGGUGUAGCUGGCUACAUUGCGGAUAAGCGUGGUCUUCAGGACCGUAAGGGUGCCAUGCUAUCCCAUAUCACCGAUUCCAAGAAAUGGACUGCUCCCGUCGAAUCGCGCCACGGCAUACAUACCAACGCAUCUCUGCCUUUCCACACUGAUAUGGGAUGCGACAUCCUAUCCCUUCAAGUUCGAAACAGCGCCAAUAAGGGAGGAUAUACCUACCUCAGCUCCACCUGGACAGUCUUCAACGACCUGCUCAACCGUGAGCCUGAAGUUGUUAAGACUUUGCUGACUCCCAACUGGCCAGUUCAGCUUUCCGGCCGCAAGGCAUCUUACUACCUCGCGCCUGUCUUAACCUUCCACGAUGGCAAACUCCUUGCCAGUCUCGACCCGCACCGCCUCGGGCCGCAUCCGAGCAUGAAGAACUCUGACAUUCCUCUGCUUUCAGAUGCUCAGAUCCAUGCUCUCCAAGCCGUAUCGGAGGCUGCCUCACGAGUUGAGCUGCAGCUGAAGCUUGAGACAGGAGAUCUGCUCUUCUUCAACAACCUCGCCCUUGUCCACCGCCGAGACGCCUACAUGGACGACGAUGCCUCGUCGCGCCACAUGGUCAGACUCUGGCUGCGCAACCAGAAGUACGGCUGGGCUAUUCCCAAGGGUAUGCUCCCUCCCUGGGAGGCGGCCUACGGAGAGAAGCGCAAGAACAAGGCUAGACACUAUCCCAUUGUCCCCAUGGCAGAGUAUCACGUCCCGGCAUACACUACAAGCUCUGCUGCGUUUUUGGUCGAGGACUCUGAGUCUUCGGAUGAGGAGUAG